CACUCUGCAUCUCUCCAACCAGGCUCUGGUUGGAGAGGCCACUUAUCAGCGGGAUAUCUUUUUAUCCGUUGCAUCCGUUGGAUAGCGUUAUCUUCCCUUUGAAUAACUGGGCACGUAAGUAUGAAUGGAUACCGGAAGACUGUCAGGAAAACCAGAACAAAUGUUGCGAUGUAAUAUAUGAUGGACUGGUGCCCUAUCCAAGAAAGAAUGGCGACACUCCCAGUUGUUUUAUGUCACUGAAACCAAUCAGUGUUUUGACUUGAUUGCUAACCUCACCCUCACUUCCCUUCAAUAGAAAGUCGUGGAACACUUUGUUCUAGUUUUCGCAGUGUCUCAAAAGUAUGUGAAAGUGUACAAACCCUUACCAUUCCUAAUGUUUCGGUUCAAGACUGUUACUUCUGAUAUGUGAAUAGCUUGCUUAUCUUACCUAUUACACGCUUAUUUAUUUACUCUCUGCGGACUGGUUGAAAAGGUUGAAAGCAAUGAUGGUACCAAAAAAUAAACAAUCUUGUCAAGAUAAAAUGGCAUUUUGUUUUGUUUUCACUCCACGACGUGUUACUAAUAUCAGAUUUAUUUCCCGAGAUUAGUUUCAGACUGUGUCAACUUUAGUAAGCUCCUUUUUUUAUUGCAGACUGACGAGCCGAGUCCUCCAGAUGUACCUCGAAAUAAAACUUUCGAAGACGAGAUGGAUAGCCCUUCAGAGAUCGCGGCCCGCCCCGCAGUGUUUAUCUCAUAUCAAUGGGGUCUCCAGGACACUGUGAAGGUAUUGAGGAACAAGCUGGAGGAGGCUGGGUUCGAAUGCUGGAUGGAUAUCGGUCAGAUGGGUGGAGGAGACGCCUUGUACGCAGAGAUAGAUGCAGGAAUCAGAGCUUCUAAGGUCGUAAUUUGUUGUGUGACCAAGCGUUACUGCGUGUCCGAAAUGUGCCAAAGAGAAGUCACUCUGGCAGAUACUUUGCGAAAGCCUAUCAUUCCAGUCCUGUUUGAGUUCAUAGACUGGCCGCCUCCCGGCCAACUGGCUUUGAUUUUUGCUAAACUGCUUUACAUUGACAUGUCCCAAGGUCCUACCGGCAGUUUUCCUGAGGACAAGUUACAGGAACUUUUUCUAAAAGUUAAUGGCCACGUUGAACGUUGAAUUACUGAAGCCGAUGAAGACAUUCGAAGGUUAACGGGAACUUACGAUGUGUUUUCAAGCGUCUUCAUGCAGGGUUGAUCGCUAGGCUUGUAAAGAUAACGGAAAUCGAUGGCUUCCGAGGACUAACAACUGUUCCAGACGGUCGUCAGACAAAAAAAAAAA